GCUUGCAGCCUAGCCGACCACGACUCAUCUUUCAGCUCUGCGCAUCACGCUCAACAUCGCUCACAGACAAUGUCCGAGACAACGCCAGGGACGGGGCCGUCGCAGCCAGUGCCAAUCGCCCCGGCGCCAGCUUCUAAGGCUUCAAUGGACUCUCCGGAGGAGCACAUGUCCUAUGCGUGCGUCACCUGCACGAAGCGAAAGGUGAAAUGCGACAAGCUGCUUCCCGUCUGCUCGACGUGUCGCAGGGGCAAAUUGACCUGCGAAUACAACGAGGGCCCGGCGCCGAGAAAGCGCAAACGCAAGCCGGUCGCUGGUCCAGAUGCGGAUGUGUACGAGCGCCUGGAGCGAGCAGAGGCGCUGCUGCGCGAGAACAAUCUACUGCCCGAAACCGAGGGCGCGUCCAAGUCUUCCGGACCGCCUUCUGUGUCUGCAUCUCUCUCAACUCCGUUCUACACAUCCAAAAGCUUUCUGGAUCCCCCGAACCCAGGCAAGCUGGUCGAAGAGCGUGGCAAAACCCGCUACAUUUACAGUAAUCUCUGGCAGAACCUCGGCGAGCACAACUUUCACCCCUCUUCUGAUGAGGAAGACGACGACCCCCAGGAGUCACAUGAGUCUGCGACGCUCCAACCCACGCCCGCCGCUGAUCCCUUCUCCGCAGCCUUUCUUGCUUUUGGCUCUAGCGCUACGAAUCUGCUGUCCUUGCAUCCUUCGUACGAAGUCGCUAUGGAGCUUUGGAAGGUCUAUGUCGAGCAAAUCGACCCUUUGGUCAAGUUGAUUCACGUGCCUUCCGCGGUGACAACGUUGCGGCGCGGAGCAGCCAACCCCAGUACCGUCUCCAAAGCCACCGAGGCUCUCCUCUUCGCUCUCUAUCAUUUCAGCGUCACAGUGAUGGACCCCGAAGAAUGCCAGAAACGCCUGGGCAUGCCUAAGUCGAAGCUGACGGCAACAUACUAUGAUGCCCUGCGCCAAGCUCUGGUCAACGCAAACUUCCUGCGGACAACAGACAUUAUGGUGCUGCAGGCCUAUCUUUUGUUUCUGUUGUCGGUACGAAACACGUGCGAUCCGCAUACCUUUUGGAUAUGUACGGGAAUUGCGGUGCGCCUUGCGCAGAGAAUGGGCCUUCACCGAGACGGUGAGGAUCAAGGACUAAAACCUUUCGUCGUCCAGAUGAGGAGGCGCGUAUUCUGGCAAAUCCUGCCUCUCGAUGGCUUAGCUGGUCAACUUUGCGGCACUGGCAUGUCAGUCGCGCCUGACUCGUUCAACACCAAGCAGCCGACCAAUAUCAACGAUUCCGACAUGUGGCCAGACAUGACCGAGCCUCCGCAGGCUCGAAUCGGAGCGACCGAGCUAAUCUUUUGCUUGGCACGUACGGAAUUUGGCAGGUUUCUGCAGCGGCGCAACAACCCUCCCGUACCGUUCCUCACCGGCCUCUCCGAACGCGUGGAAGACGAGCUGGUCGCGGACUGGGAACGCCAGCUCGAUGAGCUCGAGACGGAGAUGGAAACGAAGUACCUACGCUUUUGCGACUUUGCAGAUCCUCUCCAUAAUCUCGUGGGUCUGAUGGCGCGCACUGCCGCCAACUCUGGUCGUCUGCGCAUCCGAUUGUCUCAGGCGAAAAAGACACCUAACUUGCCCGACGAGGAGCGGAAAGAUUUGUGGAUACUGGCAGAGAAGAUCAUCGAUUACGACAUCGCCGCGCAGCAGAAUUACAAUCUGAAGCGCUUCUUCUGGCACCUCCAGGCCUUCUUUCAAUGGGAUGCACUGAUCUGGAUUCUGAACGAGAUCUGGCGCGAUCCGGCGGGACAUCAAGACGACGAGAUCUGGGACAAGAUCGAAAAGGUGUUUGUCAAUCAUCCGCACAUGACAACGCAACGCCGCGCCCUCCACAUGGCCUUGGGGGAGCUGACGCUGAGGUCUUGGGAUGCGUAUCGCACGACCCAGCUUUCGCUCGGAAAGUCGCUGCAGAUGGAGCCGGCGUUCAUCCAGGUCCUGCGAUCUUUCGUCACCAAGCCGGGCAGUAGCCGGUCGAGCAGUGUCGUCGUGCCACAGCAGAAUUACAACCCGUUCCAAGGAGGACAGGAUUCGCUUUCGGACAUGGGCUCGUUCAAUAUGAUUGAUGCUGCGUGGUUUGUCAAUGACAUGGCGCCGGGCGUGAAUGGUAUGACUGGCGACGUCAACCAGAAUCCCGCGGACUGGUGGGGGUUCUUGGAUCUGCUUAAUCGGGACCCUAAUGCUGUGCCGGUCAGUUAGGAUAGCGCUCGCGAGUGCUGCUAGAGGGGGAAGACUCAUCUCAACUAUAUAUGAUACACCUACAAGGUGCUGCUGCUUACAUCUGUAGAGCCACCUUAUGUAUUUUCUACUCUAGAGUUCACUCUCUGGACCCACGCCUUUCACCAACACUCUUCACG